GGAUGUGAGCGCUCAUCGCAGCAGCUGAGAAAGAUAAAUGAGAUUUUAUCAGAUCAUAGAUUUAAUCUUUUCAUCAUGAGUCGUGGACAUUACAAGUGUCUGAGAGUUUAUCUGAUUUAAAAACAAAUCUUUACUACACAUCCACCUUGAGUCGUUCAGUAUUGGAGUCAUGGGAACGUCCCACAGAGAGCAUCUUAACAUCACCGCUGAUUGUCCAGUAAAUGUCAGCGGUCAUCUCAUGGGGACGUCUUAUCUAAAGAAACUCUCUCAUCUGGAUGAAGAUUUAUAUCACAACUUUUACAGUCUGUGGAUCACACUGAUUGUGGUCAACACGUUAAUGUUUGUGGUCGGUGUGGUUCUCAAUAGUCUGGCCCUCUAUGUCUUCUGUCAUUGUAGUCGCUCUCGCACGACUCCCGCCAUCUACACCAUAAACCUGGCGGUAGCCGACCUGCUGGUGGCGCUGUCUCUCCCGGCCCGCAUCGCUCUCUACUACAGCAGCGGUGACUGCGUGGCCUGUUUCUACGUCCACACCUUCAGCUAUUUUGUAAAUAUGUACUGCAGCAUCUUAUUUCUCACAAGCAUCUGUGUCGACCGCUACGUGGCAGUCGUGCGGCCGCCGGGAACCGCGGGUCGCUGGCGAAGCCCUGCCGUAGCUAAAGGUGUAAGCGUGUGCGUGUGGCUGUUUGCCGUGGUGGUUACCUACUCUCUUCAAAUCUCCGCUCUUGAGUUACACAGCAUGUCUUGUCAUCGUCUCACUGUGAUCUUCACCCUCACCCUGCUGGAGUUCGUAUUACCGCUCCUGGUCAUCAUAGCGUUCACCGUACGUGCGGCAUGCGCGCUGGCAGACGGCAGGUUGAUGGCACAGAGCCGUGGAUGCCGCGCCCGGGCCGUCAGGCUGCUCGUAGCCGUGCUGGUUGUGUUCACCGUGUGUUUUACGCCGUAUCACAUUCGUGAAGCUGUGGUUUAUUUCCAGCUAGGUGGCAGCAGAGAGCAGCACGUGGUGGCGUAUCAUACCACCAUCACCCUCAGCAGUUUAAAUAGCUGCCUUGAUCCCGUGGUCUACUGCUUUGUGCCGGAUAGCUUUCGGUCCGCCCUACGCAGGGAACGGAGGAUGAGAUUGUUGGAGCACCCGGAGCGGAGCUCUGUAGUCAAUGCUAGCAGAAGUCUGGGAGAUGUAGGAACGCCAGUGACCAUUGGGUACAGCGUGGCUAUAUUGACACACAACACACUUCCAUCCAUUGAGAGACAUCCCUGCCCGAAAACAACACAGACAGACAACAGUGAAUAUCAAACACUUAACAAAGAUAUCUCUCCAAACUGAAACUUCAGAGAGAGGGAGUGGAAUGCUUUCAUAUAAAAUAAUAAUGAUGUCUCCGUCUAUAAACAGACUAUAAAAAACACAUUUCCAGCGAUGGGAUGUUUGUCGAUCCACUGAGCAAUAAAAUGCUGUGUGACGUGACAGAUCUUUCUGAUUCUGCCGAAUGAGAGAUGUUCCUGUAGCUCAAUGGUAUUGCAUUAGCAGUGCAAAAGCGUUUGGGUUCAAUCCCAGUUAACACACAUAAAUGUGUAGCUUGAAUGCACUGUAAAGUACUUUGCAUAAAAGCGUCUGCAAUGCAUACCGUGUGAAUGUUUUGGGUCAACAUUUCAAUCAACCAAUCAGAUUCGAGGGAUAAGUUUACAAUGAAUUUGACUUUUAGGAUUACAACCAGAGUAAGGUGUUUCUCCCUCAUCACAUUUACAUUACAUGUAUGCAUUUAGCAGAUGCUUUUAUCCAAAAUGAUUUAUAGGGCAUUACAAAAAAAAUACACUUCUCUGGGCAAAAUAUAUUUUAAAUAUAUGUUAAAUACAUUUUGUAGAAAGUGAAGCUUAAUUAAAUAUAUUUUUGGAAUCAAAAAUAUAUUUUGUUUAAACCUUAAUAUAUUAACAUAUAUUUCAAAAUGCAUUUCAUAAGCAACAAAUACAUUUCUAUUUAUACAACCCAUACGACAAAUCCUGGCCAAAAUAUAUAAGUUUGUACAAAAUGUAUACGUAGGUAUAAAAUAUAAAUUAUAUAUCAAGUACAUUUUUCCUGUUGAAAAUAGUUUACAG